AUGAGCUCAAAAGAUGACCCGGAAGAUAUCUUGGCACCUGAUAGCGAUCCCGAGAAUGAGUGCUGCACUGAUCGCAUCAAAAAGCUUGCGCAGCGUUAUCAUCGCCAACAAGAUUUGUUUAUACAGAGCUCCCUUCUUCGUUCUUCGGUGUCUAGAAGUCCUUGGCGUAGCGUGAAAAAGCGCGAGUCUCGUCAUGCGCUCGAUGAGCCCUCACGAAAGAUGCGCGCGGUCGAUGCAGGCUGUCUCGAGUCGGCGCCAUCGCCACCUCGCAAGCGGGCAAAGAUGCUUGUCGCAAGCACACGCGAUGAAGUUUCAGGCGUCAGCCGGGUGCAGCUUCCUUGCAUGCUCGACCUUGGGAAAAGUGUCGCCUGCGAGCCUGGCCCAAUACGCUCGGUCAAUUUUGAAGAUCUUACACCGGAGACGCAGGAGCAAACCCUUGGCAGCUUGCAGUAUCAAGAAGUCGUCGUUCGUGAACCUCCUCAGGGAUGGCAUGAUGCUGAGGAGUGUUCAAGCGGCCCAGCCAUUCAACCUGCGUCCGACGGCAAUCAAGCAGGCGGGUUUGGCGUGACUGAAUCCUCAGAACAAGAUGAAGAAAUACCUCGUCUGCUUUCUGUUGCUUCUGCAGAUAGCACUCUUCGGCGCACCAUUGAGCAGCAGUGCGUGCAAACGUUAUCGUCCUCCAGACCUGACACAGCUGAGGAAUGCCCUUCGGCAGAAGAUACGGCUCAACUCAAUCCCUUGAUGCCUUUGAAGAGUACAGCCGAGAUCCUGGGAUUUAAUGCGCCAAGUACACAACAAUCAAUGCAGUCGCCACAAACUAGUAAGCGUUCAAUGUCAGACAUGCCAUCUGCCACGAACAUCAGUAUCCCAGAAAGAGGUCUGACGCUCAAAAGCGACUUGGUUAUAUGUACUUCAACGAACCAGACCGCGACUCGGCUUGUCAACCUUCCGCAAAUUGCAGUAUCUGAUGCGCAUUUUGACCCGGUUCUGCAAGCAAGGGCAGAGCGUCCAUCCGUAUCCCAAGCCGCAAAAGCUAUUGUUGAUGUCGCUCCAGAGUAUCAAGAAGACGCUCCUGCUCCAACGAUGCUUGCAAAUGACGCACCGGGGGUUGGCCUAACGCAAGAUGACCCCCACUCACAGUUACCAAGCAGAGUCACUCCCCCGGCCUUCGCAGUAGAUGUGACCUGCGGUCGUCUUGAUUCUCAGGUCUUGGUUCUCGAGCCAUCGGCAAACGCCAGCUCUCCGAAUCAACAGAUCGAUACGCAAGCAGAAGUACAGUAUGCUCAGGAUUCACUCUCGCGAGCUGCAAGAAUGGAGCUUCUGCCAAUUGACUCGGUAGAUGCGCAUGCUGCUAUACCACAGCCUUUGCAGUUGCCACCGUCACGAACAGAUGAGUCUUGCUCUAGUUCCGCAAUGUGCGCCGGACAGGUUGGAGGUAACGCCCCCAUGAUGUUCUUCCCUGCUCCGUUUGAGGCUCCGCCUCUCGCUCAGCUCGACACAUCCCUGGACUUUGUCGAGCAAUACCUGAACAAUACAACCUGGAAUGCCGAGAAAGAAGCAGAGAAGCUCAUGUUGGAUCUACCGUCUUGA